GCCCGCCCGGCUCGCUCGAGCUCGCCUGGAGCCCGCCGGCUUGCGGGAGCUAGGGGAAAAGUCUAGUGCUUCCGUAGUUGGCUACUCUGUGUCCCGUUCUCAAGUUGCCACAUUGCAGCUGACUUUCUAACGCAGACACACCUUUUCUUUUUCUCUCUCUCCCACUCUCUUUUAACACUUCCAAAGAAACAAAAUAACCUUCAAGCUGGCGGGAGCAAUGGUUCACAUAAAGAAAGGCGAGCUGACGGAGGAAGAAAAGGAGCUACUGGAAGUGAUCGGGAAAGGUACUGUCCAAGAAGCUGGAGCCCUAUUAUCCACGAAGAAUGUUCGUGUUAACUGUUUGGAUGAGAAUGGAAUGACUCCUUUAAUGCAUGCAGCCUACAAAGGAAAACUUGAUAUGUGCAAAUUACUUCUACGCCAUGGAGCCGAUGUCAAUUGUCACCAGCACGAACAUGGUUACACAGCCCUCAUGUUUGCUGCACUUUCUGGUAAUAAAGACAUCACAUGGGUUAUGUUGGAAGCUGGGGCAGAGACAGAUGUGGUCAACUCUGUAGGGAGAACAGCAGCUCAGAUGGCAGCUUUUGUGGGUCAACAUGAUUGUGUGACCAUAAUCAACAAUUUCUUUCCUCGAGAGAGACUGGAUUAUUACACUAAACCCCAGGGAUUGGAUAAAGAACCCAAACUGCCCACAAAGUUGGCAGGCCCACUGCACAAAAUUAUCACCACCACAAAUCUUCAUCCUGUCAAGAUCGUGAUACUUGUAAAUGAGAAUCCUCUGCUGGCAGAUGAAGCAGCCUUGAAUAAAUGCUACAAGGUGAUGGAUUUAAUUUGUGAGAAGUGUAUGAAACAAAGAGACAUGAAUGAAGUAUUGGCUAUGAAAAUGCACUAUAUAAGCUGUAUCUUUCAGAAGUGCAUUAACUUCUUAAAAGAUGGGGACAACAAACUGGACACUCUAAUCAAAAGCUUGCUAAAAGGCCGAGCAUCUGAUGGCUUUCCAGUAUAUCAGGAAAAGAUCAUUAGAGAAAGUAUCAGAAAAUUUCCUUACUGUGAAGCGACCCUCCUGCAGCAGUUGGUUCGAAGCAUUGCUCCUGUUGAAAUUGGGUCUGAUCCCACUGCAUUCGCUGUACUAACCCAAGCCAUCACUGGUCAGGUGGGUUUUGUGGAUGUAGAAUUUUGUACUACCUGUGGAGAAAAGGGAGCCAGCAAAAGGUGUUCUGUAUGCAAAAUGGUAAUAUAUUGCAACCAAACUUGCCAGAAAGCACAUUGGUUUACACAUAAGAAAAUCUGUAAGAAUCUGAAGGACAUUUAUGAGAAGCAACAGUCAGAGGCUGGCAAAGAAAAAUGUCAAGAGGAGAAGAAUGGAAAACUCAAUGUCAGUUCUAAUUGUGUUAAUGAAGAACAAGCAGAGGCUGACAUAAGUAUCUCCCAAGAGGAUUCCAAGCCGAAAGAUUCUGUGCAAGGGGAGAAAAAAUCUCUGGGAAGUGACGAAGGGCCAGUGGAGACCUCCACAGGUCCUCAGCUAUCUGAGGAGUAAGGCCAUGUAACCUUUGCCAGCUUUUGGACAGUCUUCCUGCUAGCAGGCAGCUGGCCGACUCACAUGAACACAUCUUCAUUGCCUCGUGAGACCUGCUAGGGCACCUCAGUGGGAUGACAAAGCUCUGUGUACCAUGCCCUGAUUUCCUAUUGGUUGCUGUUCCCCAAUUGAACAGCUAUUCCUAUAGAAUGAUUUAUCUUUCAAAAUACAAGAAAAACAUUUCCAUUCUCUUUCUGAGGCUGACUCCUCAGCAGUUUGCCUGAAAGGAAAAUGAAUCCCCAUAGAGAAGAAAUGUAGACUCUAGGGACCCAACAGCACAGGCGUGAGAGAGAAGAAAAUCUUUAUGGCAACAGAGAUGGGUAGUUUAAAAAAAAAUCCUAACUUAUAUGUGAAUAAAAUAUAUAUAAAUAGCAUUUAUUGUGAUGAAGUUCUACUUAUUCAAAUCUAAUAAGUUGAAGAAAAGCUCAAUGUUAAAAGAUCUUUGCUGUAGUUCAUCCAAGUGUUUUAUAUAGGAACUAGCUUGAGAAGUUUGAACUUCGCAUGGUUCCUGCAGAGAUAUUCUCACUACAUUUAUAGAGAAUAUUUGUACCUUCCUUCAGAAAUGUCACAUCCAUCACAGGAACUGAGACAGGAACAAGGGCUAUCUUAGGACAUGUAUUAAGCACUUCUUUUAAAAUUUGUGACUAAAUACUGGCUACAUAUACCGUAUAAACCAUUCUUGUAAAACUGGUGCCAUAUUCCACCUAAAAGGCUGACUUUUACCCUCCCACUGGCCUUUCACAGGCCACUUCCGUUCGAGAAACUACGUGUCACGAACUGUUGUUUAGAGAAGGC